AUGUGCGACAUAGUCAUUGACCGAGUUCACGAGGAGCUACAUCACCCCCAGUAUUGCCUAAGACACUCCAUAACUAGUAUGAAGGCGGCGUUCAAGCUUUUGGAUAUUAGUCCUGCGUUCUUGAACCUCCUUUCGAAAUAUGAGAAGAAGGGUUUCGAGUUCUUCGCCGAAGUUUGGGUUACGACAAUUGAAGACACACUGGAGUUGCUGAAGACGUCCGGAAUCGGUAGUUGGCGCCACCAAGUCAAGCAUAUGCUAAUCGAGAAGCUGGAGUCUGAUGGGGCAUCCGAAGCGAGCAAGAACAACACAGCCGCAAUCUGCCCACAAUACCGUCAUCGUCAAGGCUCAGAGGUAAGAUGCUGCAAGUCCAAAGUACCCGAAACGCUGACGGUGGUUGCCAGCGCUAUGCAAGAGCUACCCAGUCUACCACCAACACCCAAGAAGCAAGUCGAGCCUUCCAAGUGCCAGCAAUCAUCUAAGAAUUUCAAGCAAAGGAGGCUACGGACCGUUAAGGUAGCCUUCGAAAAAAUCGAACGUAGAGCUAGAGAGGCGAGUGAGGGUGUACAUUCUGAGUCGAACGACGAACGACCCAGGUCAAGGUUCCAGAAAUCUCAACUAGAGCUUCAUGACAACUGGAAUGAGUACAAGGGCAUCUGUGAUACCGAAAUCUUGUCAGAAGAUGAAGACUGUAACGCGGUCGUUGUUCGUCUUCCUGAGGUGUACAGCAAGGCUCGUGAUUUCUUCCGAAGCAGCACUGGAAGUUAUGGAGAACCAUAUAAACAUGCCCAUGUUUUAUCUGGCGCGAAGCAAUGA